AUGUUACAGGAAAUAGAACUGGGCAUUGCAGACAUCUCACUGUCACCCAUAAUCAUGCUGCCCUCAUUUGCAAACAAGACGGAUUUUUCACCACCUAUUCACAGAGUCAGUUUUUCAGUUUUGAUGAGAGCCACGGCGAGUGAAAGAAUCAGAUGGACUAAUUUCCUUCUUCCAUUCCACUCGACCUUGUGGAUGAGCAUUUUGGCCGCAAUUUUGGUGCUUUCGACGGUUUUAGCGCUUUUUUGGAAAUCAGAGUUUGAAAGGCAACACAACACAAAUCUUAGCUUCAUCGAAAUUUUCAGCGAGGCUUUCGUCUGCAUUCAUGGCGCAUCCUGCAUGCAAGGACAUCCGGAUCCACCGAUAACCUUCAGUGCCCGAGCGUUGCAUCUCUCGGCGCUUUUAUCAGCUGUCGUCGUAAUGGCUACUUACUCAGGGUCGGUGACCGCAUUUCUCACAGUCAGGGUGGACAAUCAGCCUUUUUCCAACUUUGACGAUUUGCUGGAAAGCUCCAGGUUCCGACCCUUUGUGCUGGAAAAUUCUCCAGAGAGCUCAUUUUUCCAUGAGAGUCAACACGCGUCGAUGAUAAGGUUUCGGGCCAAAGGAGCCCCGUCGACAGUUGCAAAACUUUCCACCGCAUUGCAGAUCGCUUGCAAUAAAAACUCCUCGCUGCCUGCUCCGUGGUCGAAAAUGAUACCCGCGUUUGUGGUCGCAACGCACUGGGUGGACAGGAUUCUGGACACGGCGCCGUGCGCCCUUUCCGACUUUCCGCUCUCCAUGCAGUCCUUUUGGGCUGCUUUUCCGAUCAGACCAAAAUUCCCGUACAAACGGAUACUAGAUAACAGGAUAAGGAGGCUCUUUGAAGGCGGCAUUAUUCACCGUUUUGAAGCCGACAUUAAGCAAAACGCCAAAAUGCGCCGAGAAUACAUAGAAGCGGCCAAAGUUAAAAACCAGAAGAAGAGUGAGCACGUCCUUUCGAUGACCAUUUUGGACUUUGCUCCUCUGGCAGCCCUCUUAGCGAUCGGGGCCAGUACCGCUCUCACCAUUCUUGCAAUCGAAUACUUCAUCUACUAUGUGUGGUAA